CCAAAAGCUUCCCCGCUCAUCAAAGAACGGAUUCACCUUUCUUUUGAUAUUCCACUGCAUCCUUUUUUUUUCUCCCUCGUAUUUGUUGAGGUAGUCAUUAUAUUUUUAUUAUUUGAAUCAACGGGAUAAAGUACCCCAGUCAAUGAACCUUCAUGGCGACCAACGCAACCGAUACUGUUAAUCUUGUCAUGGAGACAGCGGCAGUGGAAGAAUCGCAGCGAUCGAGUCUUGCUACGGUCGCUGGCUUUAUACCCUCUGUGCUGCUCAAGGUGGUCGGAUUCGCGACCAUUUCCAUUCCCGUCUUCUUUUACCGAGUGUUGACUUGGUCAUUCACGCUUCACCUCAACUUUUCUUCGUUGCUCAUCAUAAUGGCCUUUGUGGUCACGGCCGCUUACUUGGUAGUGCGGUACCGGUUUCUCACAAAGUACUCUCGGCUGACGCCAGUGGAGCCGCCCAAGGUGGCUUCCUCGUUUGAUUUGCAUCCGGAUUCCGGCGAAGACUCGAGCUAUUCAAAGCCAGGAUUUAAGAAUUAUCCCGAUGAAUUCCUGUCGGCUUUCCUGUCGUCGAUCAAAAUCUUUGGUUACCUCGAACAACCCGUGUUUCAUGAGCUCGCACGUCACUUGCAAACGAAAAAGCUCCUUGCCGGGGAUACCUUGUUCCGCAGUCCCGAUCAGGAACGGUCGUUUUACAUUGUGGUCGAUGGUCACGUUCAAAUGUUUGUCAAACCAGACAAUAUGGAUGACGACGAAGAUGAAGACUACGGUUUCGACGAUGCCCCCUGGGAGGACCCAAAUGCUGAAGACCAGCAAGAUCGCGACAAAUUUCGCAAUUACACUCUCAUCAACGAAGUCGGCGCAGGAGGCACCUUAUCCAGCCUGUUCACGAUCUUGUCCAUCUUUCGCGAAAGCUUUAUCAAGACUGAAGAGAAACAAAAGCUGCGGCAAAAAGUCAUGCAGUCCCACUUGGCUGCUUCCAACAAACCCAUACCACCCUUGGCGGAUCCCUACACUGGCACCGGUCAGCCCGCUGCUGUCGAUAUGAGUCGAGAAGCUUCCACCGAAGAAUGUCGUCACGUAUUUCCCAACCUGGAAUCCACCCUCAACAGCGAAACGUCAUCCGUUUCCGCUUCGGAUGUCUACCGUCACCGACUUUCCUCCGCAGGCAGUGCCAGUGGGGCGAGCCGACGAACGAGCCGGUUUGGCACUUCGCCUGUCACUGGACAGGACGACCCUCUCGCUUCCGUUGGACGCACAGAGAACCUCCCAGAACUUCUCCACGUCGACAAAGACGACUACUUUGUGGAUCGCAAUCGGUUAGGCCAAGCGUCCGAUUCGGUGCGAUUCCCUCAACGACCGCAUCUCAUCCGCCAACCUUCGCAACGGUCGUACCGAUCCAUGCAUCCCAAUAUCAUUGCUCGCGCUACCGUGGACACCACAUUGGCCGUGAUUCCUGAAGAAGCCUUUGUUAAAUUGACCAUGAAAUUCCCCAAAGCCGCCGCUCACAUUGUGCAGGUCAUUGUGACUCGUUUCCAACGUGUCACGCUCAUGACCAGUCACCGGUAUCUCGGUUUAAGCAAGGAACUGUUGCGGCUGGAAAGACUCAUUAAUGAAUCGGCCAGUCUUCGAGAUUUGCCCCCGGAUUUCCUUACGCCCGGGUGCCUAGAACGUCUACGAAACAAGUUUGUCACCGAUGAUGAAACCAAACGCGACAGUGAAGAUACCUCGGCUGUGCCCAUCGAACUCAGUCGCAGUGAAAGCACGGGCAUUAUCAAGGCCAUUGGCAUCAUUGAUCAUCCCGGCACUUCAUCGUACCGUGCCAGUCCUGGCGUGACCGCUCAAAGUCCACUCUCAGACACCUCGUCCAUGCUCAACAGUUCGCCCCAAUCGCGAAUUCAACGUCACAACAAGACCCCCGAAAACCGAAACGAAUACAGCAUUGAGGAUGAUGAGUAUCUGCGGUCGUCAGUGGUUCGUCACAUGGCCGAUAUCUUGGGUAUUAGCAUGGAAUCACCGUCUUCGCAGGCUCCUUCGUCACCUUACGCCAUGUCCCCUCGUCAGUCGCGUCGUAUGUCCCCUGAGGAAUCGGCCAAAGCGCGUUAUCCGCACUACCCCAUGGAUCUCUUCACCCAUGCUGGGACAGUGGAUUCUAGUGUCUCGCCUACCUUGGCGCCAUCCACUGAUUUGCUCUUUGAUGAUGUGGAUGUGCAAUCGACCACAUCGUCCGUCCUCUCCGGUAGCGAGGCCGCCGGCAUCGAUCGACAAAGAUCGGAUUCAUUGACCGCCGACGAUAUCCAGAUUCUGUAUUUCCCCAAGGACGCAGUCUUGGUGCAUGAAGGUGAACAUAAUUCAGGCAUUUUCUUUGUGAUCGAUGGUCUCUUGAAUAUUUCCAUGACCGCCGCAGAAGGUGAAAGGGUACUCAGUGAUCGUGAACGACCAAGAAACUCGAUGCAGGAUGGUCAAGUCGAUGAUUACAUCACCAGUUCGAAACUUCGAUCCAAAUCGUCGUUCGCCAAACGAUCGGAAAAACAUCAUUCCAAGCAUCCUUCUCACUUUACCUUGUCGCCUUCGUCAUCGAUUUCCUCGGUCCAUUCCGAAAACACCGGGGGCGGUGGCGCUCAAAGCCGCAGCGCUGUCACUCCCUUUACGCCAACCAUGACCGACAAACAUAAUCAGACGGUGGCCUCGGAAGCCCCCGCCGGACGACGUCGUGUAGAGGAUCAAGAAACCAUUCACCAACAAAAGAUUGAUAAACCCAGUUACACCGUCAAAUCCGGCGGUUUGGUCGGUUAUCUCGAUGCGUUGACGGGCUACCCCAGUUUUGUGGAAAUCAGUGCCAAGACGGACACCUAUGUUGGCUACCUGUCAAAGAAGACCUUAGAUCGCAUCAGUGACCGAUAUCCCGCCGUUAUGUUGAAGCUCGCCAAACAGUUGGUAGGCUUCUUGAGUCCUCUCAUUCUUCACAUCGAUCUUUCAUUGGAAUGGAUGCAAGUCAACGCAGGUCAGAUUAUUAGUCGCGAAGGCGAGCCCAGCGAUUCGAUUUACAUGGUUCUUCAUGGCCGUCUAAGAACCAUCAAGGAAAAAAGCGAAGGCGACAUUGACAUCCUCGGUGAAUUCGGUCAUGGUGACAGUGUAGGCGAACUUGAAGUACUGACUGGUACACCAACGCCUUCUACACUGCAUGCUAUCCGAGAUUCGGAACUAGCGCGUAUGCCAAAGACCUUGUUCAAUGCGUUGGCUCUCCGUCAUCCCGAGAUUACGUUGCAGAUCUCGCGCAUGGUGGCUUACCGAUCACUGCAACUAAUGAUGAACAAGAACGCCCAGGGUGAAAUCCAAGGUCCCCGAGUGUUCAGUCUGGCCUCGUCGACGGGACCCUCCGAGAUUGCCAAUAUCUCGUCGGCCAUUGCCAACAAAGGUCACAGUUAUCCAGAGUUAUACGGUCGUAAUAAUGUCAACCUCAAAACCAUUGGUAUUCUUCCUGUCAAUUCAUCGGUCCCGUUGACCGAAUUUGCCGAAAGUCUGAAAACGGCGUUGCUGCAUUCCGUCGGCGCUUCGUGUGUGUUGCUUAACAGUACCACUGUUACUACGGUGAUGGGCAAACACGCGUUUUCGCGGAUGGGAAAACUGAAAAUGGCGUCGUGGUUGGCGGAACAAGAGGAAAAAGUUCGCAUCGUGUUGUAUCUUGCCGACAGUGGUGUUACAUCCCAGUGGACACGUACCUGCAUACGCCAAGCCGAUUGUAUUUUACUCGUCGGGCUAGGCGACGGUGAUCCCUCUGUCGGUGAAUAUGAACGGUUCCUGAUCAAUAUGAAAACUACGGCAAGAAAAGAACUCGUUCUUCUUCACCGCGAACGUUCCUGUGGUCUCGGUACCACACAAAAUUGGCUCAAGAACCGUUUAUGGAUCCAAGCCCACCACCACAUCUAUAUGCCCAUGAAACAGCAUGCCACCCUGAGCACCGAGCGAAUCCGGCCACCGUGGCUUGCACAACAGGGCCGAAAGAUGACGGCGGGUUCAAUUAAUAUGCUGAACAACGUCAAGGAUCAACUAGAAAAGUAUUACUCGGCGGUUCCCACAUUCGGUCGAUUACUUGUGGUGAGAAAGAAAGGCGACUCUCAGCUCCGCGGGGUGAAUACAGCCUCCAGAAAUGAUUUUGCCAGAUUGGCACGUCGAUUAUGUGGUAAAUCGGUGGCUUUAGUGCUUGGUGGCGGAGGUGCUCGUGGUAUCAGCCACAUUGGUGUGAUCCAAGCGAUGGAAGAAGCCGGCAUCCCGAUCGACAUUAUUGGUGGCACCAGUAUUGGCAGUUUCGUGGGUGCACUGUAUGCGAAAAACAUGGAUCUUGUUGCCACCAUUGCUCGAAGCAAGCUGUUUGCUGGACGCGUUUCCAGUAUCUGGCGCCAGUUGAUGGAUCUAACUUAUCCAGUCACCGCUUGGUUUACAGGCCAUGAAUUCAACCGUGGUAUUUGGAAGUGUUUGGGAGACAGUUUGAUUGAAGAUUUCUGGCUCCCGUAUUUUGCUGUGACGACGAACAUUACGUUUUCGCGGAUGGAAGUGCAUACAACAGGGUAUGCUUGGCGUUACGUUCGAGCAUCCAUGUCGUUGUCUGGUUACAUGCCGCCUAUUUGUGAGAACGGCAAUAUGCUGGUAGAUGGCGGUUACAUGGACAAUUUACCGGUUUCGGUGGCUAAAAACAUGGGCGCCGAUAUCAUUAUUGCCGUGGAUGUGGCCUCGGAUGACGAUACCAGUCCGGUUUAUUACGGUGAUUCCAUCAGUGGCUGGUGGGCUUUGUUACAUUCUUUCAAUCCGUUUAGAACCUACAAUAUUCCCAGCAUUGCCGAUAUCCAAAGCCGCCUGGCUUACGUCAGCAGUGUCGCGAAACUGGAAGAAGCGAAAAUGACCAAUGGCACGUUAUACCUGAAACUGCCUGUGCAGCAGUGGGGCACGCUGGAAUUUAACAAAUUCAAUGAUAUCAUGAAACUCGGUUACGAUGUCGGUCGCGAAGUGGUGGGACGAUGGCGCAAGGGAGGCUAUGUCUCGGGCCGUCUCAUGGAAUUGGAAGGCGAUGGCAAACUGCGAGGCAAAGAAGUGAAAGGCAAACGCGGAAGACGAAACAGUAUCUAGUAUGCUUGUCAAAAAGAUGUCC